UCGGCGGCAGGUUUCGAUGCCCUGUACGAGGAAAAUAUAUUUUGCGGACCUGUAGUAGCCCGCGUUCUUUCUUUGUUCAUUUCUCGCUAAACCGUGCCGAGCUCUAAUGGGUAGCUUGCUGAGCGUCUUUUCGAGCACACAUAAUCGCGUCGUAUGAUCGUGUGAGCGAAGGAGUCGGAACAUACGAAAUUGGCCGGUUCAAGCAAACGAAACUUUUCGAGUAUCAAGCUCUCUACUGUGUUGGAUUAGAAUACGCGACAUACCGCUUAUUCCGUCUGUCGUAUUCUCGCUUCGCCCGCGAAAGAGACGAGAUGUCGGUUACUCUACACACGGACGUAGGAGACAUCAAGCUCGAGCUGUUUUGUGAAGACGCUCCGAAAGCUUGCGAGAAUUUCUUGGCUCUAUGUGCCUCCGAUUAUUACAAUGGAUGCAUUUUCCACCGGAACAUCAAAGGAUUCAUCGUACAGACGGGUGAUCCAACCAAUACUGGCAAAGGCGGAGAGUCGAUCUGGGGAUCGAAGUUCGAGGACGAGUUCAAGGCCGAUCGAAAACAUUACGAACGAGGUAUUGUAUCCAUGGCUAAUAACGGGCCCAAUACCAAUGGAUCCCAAUUCUUCAUCACUUACGGCAAACAACCGCAGCUGGAUCUUCGAUAUACGAUUUUCGCUAAGGUGAUAGACGGCCUCGAGGUUCUGGACCAAUUGGAGAAAAUACCGGUCAAUCCCAAAAAUUAUCGACCGAAUAUAGAGAAACGAAUCAACUCGGUGACGAUUCACGCCAAUCCCCUGGCCACAUGA